GCCGCAGAGACGCUGCAGGCGGGCAGCUCGGUGCAGGGGCUCAGCUGCUCCUCACGAAGUGCAGAUGGCAGGAGGGGCCGCUGUGCAGACAUGGCUGCUAGGCUCUGCUCCCCCACAGCCACCCCCACCCCCAAGUUAGCCACCAAGAGCCCUAUUAUUAGUCCUCAGGGCUCACAACCUGAAAAGCGAAGACAACAUUCUUAACCUUGACCGAGUCAGGGAGAGCGAGCCUUCGGGGAAGGGUGGCCCGCAGGAGACCAGACGCUCCCUGUGGACACGUCCCAGUGGCCGGUCGGUCCCCCCAGGCGCCGGCGGCUCAGCCCGCACGUCCGCCCCGGCCCGAGGCGCCGCGCCCCCCGCCUAACCCUUCCCCACCCCCAGCGCCGCUGGAAGGAAGAACCUUCAGCCCCGGGCUCCGGGCCGGGGCGGGGACGGAGAAGGGGCGGCGCUGCGGAGCGGCUAUAGGAAGCGGGACCGGCUCUGGGGAGCAGAGACCGCGGGCCGGGGCCAUGGCCGCUGCGCUGGAGGUGGACGCUACGGUGGCGACGAGCUCGGCGCCCGGGCCCCGGGAGGCCGGGCCUGCAGACGAGACGCAAAACAUGACAGAAACAGAUGCCUUCUGCACGAGUGAAAUGUUUGAUCCGGGAGUCAUGUACAAAAUGAACCACAAGAGGAGAGGACUGGCUUUAAUCUUCAACCACGAGAGGUUCCUCUGGCACCUAGGGAUGGCGGACAGGCGAGGCACCAACGCAGACAGAGACAAUCUCACCCGCAGGCUUUCAGAACUAGGAUUUGAAGUGAAAUGCUUUAACAAUCUUAAAGCAGGAGACCUACUGCUCGAAAUCCAUGAGGCAUCAACCUCUUGCCAUGUAGAUGCCGACUGCUUUGUAUGCGUUUUCCUGAGUCAUGGUGAAGGCAACCACAUCUACGCAUUUGAUGCCAAAAUUGAAAUUCAGACACUGACUGGCUUGUUCAAAGGAGACAAGUGUAAGGGCCUGGUUGGAAAACCCAAGAUAUUUAUCAUUCAGGCAUGUCGGGGAAACAAGCACGAUGUGCCAGUCCUGCCUUUGGACGAGGUGGACCAUCCGGACUGGCCCGAUGGCGGUUUCACCGAGGUGGAUGCGGCCUCCGUGUACACCCUGCCUGCUGGCGCGGACUUCCUCAUGUGCUACUCUGUGGCAGAAGGUUAUUAUUCUCAUCGGGAAACUGUGAAUGGCUCCUGGUACAUUCAAGAUUUGUGUGAGAUGCUGAAAAGGUUCGGCUCCUCCUUAGAAUUCACAGAAAUCCUCACGCUGGUGAACAGGAAAGUUUCUCAACGCCGAGUGGACUUCUGCGUAGACAAAACUGCAAUUGGAAAGAAGCAGAUCCCCUGCUUUGCCUCCAUGCUAACUAAAAAGCUGCAUUUCUUCCCAAAAAUCUAAAUGAAGCUGUUUUUUAUGUAUUUGUAGUCUAAAUAGAUUUCUCUUUUUAUAAAAAUGUCACUAGAUUGAAGGUUAUGGUACAGCAAUUUAAAACGCUUUAAGUUUAAUGAGAGAACUUUUUU